AACCACAAUUAGCAAUUCCAUUUUGAACUUCUAACUAAUUACUUAGACAUACAUAAAUUUCUCGUUACUUCUAUGGCUUUCAGAUCAGUGUCUUCUCUAAAAUCCACAGUGAAUCAGUUGAAGGGAAGAUCAUCAUCACUAAAUUAUGCUACAGCAGCCAUGUCAAAACUUAAGGCGGCUUCACCCCUCCAACUCAAAGAGAUUGUUCCCAAGUCACGGAAGGGAGACUUCGUGCCAGUGUGUGUGGCGAUAGGCAUGAUCGGACUGUCGACGAGUUUCGGGAUACACACGGCGAUGCAGCAGCUGAGGCGAUCCCCUAAUGUAUUUGUGAAGAAAUCAAGAAGGAAAACUCUGCCAGAAAUAGUGGAACCAGAACAUGUUGCGAAAGAGGCCCAAAAGUUUGACAACAAAUCUUUAUUCCGAAAGGUGGCUCACAUUCAGGAUUUUGCUAGCAAGCGUGUUAUUCCUGAUACUCGUGGAGACAUUUAUACAAAGAAGCCGGGUGUGGAGACGUUGAAAACUAUAGGAGUGGAUCCAAAGAUGUAAAUCAUAGGCUUGUUGUGAAGUUUGGUUGCAUUUUAGAGUUCACUUUCUAAUUCUGUAAUAUGGU